AUGAAAACAGCUAGUUCUUCCACUGAUGCUGAGGUGUCUCUUGCUCUACAUGUUCUUGAAGGGUGCUGUCUUCUUCAUCGGGAUAGCACAAACUUGGCUCAUCAGCAUAAGGCAGUUACAGUGUUGAUGAAUAUCUUGGCAACCCGUGGAGUACUCGAGCAAGGUGCAUGCCUUGAUGCUUUAAUUGCAAUCAUGCUCGAUUCAUGCUCCAAUCAAAUGGAUUUCGAGGCAUGCAAUGGCAUUGAAGAAGUUGCUCUUCUAAUUAGAGAUAAACAAACAGAGGAAAAUCUAAGGUUGAAAUGUGGUGAAUUUCUGUUACUACUCAUUGGACAUGUAACUGUAAGGGAAAAACCUCCAAUGAUGGCAUUACACGAAGAUGUGAGGCGAUUGCUGGGUGAAAAAUCUGCCUCCUUAAUAUGGGUAGCAACUCAACUCGGAUCGACCCUAGAUCCCGAGCAAAGACUAACGACUUUGCAUUUUCAAGCCCGGAAGGUGCUUGAGUCGAUUGAUCUUUACUGA